AAACCUGAUUAAAAUUUAUUUUUGUUUAUUAUUUCAUCUGGAAAAAAACUGGUUUAAAAAUAUUAAAAACAAACAUUCAAUCCAUGGAUGAUUAUUGGUUGGUUAAAAAUAUGUAUGGUUGAAAUUUUAAAUAGGCAAGCUUUUAUUCUGAAAGUGUCCCAGCGUGGCCCAUGUGACUGGUAGUAGCCAACCGGAUUCUUUUCGGUUCUGACCAAGAUCGCUGCAGACACACAGACGUCGAGCUGCCGUUAUUAAACAAAGGAAACUUAUCUAAAAGAAUAUCUUUAAUUUUUUGAGAAAUUGUUUUGUUUUUCCACUUUAUCCUGCCCUUCAGACGUGUGUACAUUGCUGAAUGGGACUUGUUGGAGUGGAGAAAAGUUGAGCUAGUACUGAAGUGGGACUUCAUACGCGGUGAAACGAGAUGGCGAGCCACCGGACCUGAUGAACUGUGAAUUUGCUGAUCUGUGCAUGUGGAGCAACAUGCUGUCUGCGGAGUGUUGACCGUUUUCAUCCGAACUGGUAGGAUUUAUCCUUGACUGCUAACAGCAGUGGAUUCAAGACUAGCGCAGAACACAGACAAUAGAGGGAUCAACAGCAGGACAAAAGAAAAGAGACUCUCAUGUGCAUCACACCUUGUUCAGCCUUUUGCUGGAUUAUUUUGAGUUGUGUCUUUUGGUUCAAUAUUUUUAUUUUAAUAUUGAAUGACCCUGUGUGGUACUGCUGUGAUAUUAUUGAGAUUGCAAACUAUUUUGUUGGUUAAACCUAACAUAACAUUGAGUCUGCCGAAUCUGAAUACAGAGCCUAAUUUUGUAUUAACUUUAAAAAAAAAUAAUAAUAAAAUAGAUAAAUAGAUUUUGAAGCUAGAGAACUAAACUAGGUUUAGUGACUACUGAGUUAACUCAAACAGACAAACCAAAGGGAACUGAACAAAUAACCCUAAAUUUAAGUUAUUUCUUUUGGUUAAGAUAACAAAAAGAGGGAUUAUACACCAGGAAGGUGUAUGCUGUUGUGUUUUCUGUUGUCAAAGUCUUUUAUGGUUUUUGUUGUGUGUAAAUAAAUCUUGCCGGCUAAUUUAAAUUUAUUCUCUUGGUCUGUGGUCCUUAAUUGUGGUGACACUAACUCUACUCUCCAUAGCCGAACCUGUCAUCUGGUCCAAACCCUGUAACGACUAAGGUGUUACAGUACAAAAGUGGCGAGCCAGCCAGGAGAGUAGUAAUAAAACCUUAACCACACUGUAAAUAGAACCAUAAAACCUUAUUUUUGACCCAGACCUCAAAAUAGGCCAAGACCGGCAAAAAUGGACAUUGUUGAUAAAGAAAACAUUAAAAUCCCAAACUCAGUUAUCAUUGGGGGCUUCACUGAUGCAGACUUUGAUGAAGAGUUAUCUGACUUCCUGAACAAGUAUGGGCGCAUCUCGAGAACCAUUAAAGUUGAUGAUCUCCACUCUCCCUACCCCAAAAAUGCCAUUGUGGAGUAUGAGAGUGGAACUGCCUUGAUAGCGCUUGAACCCUUGCUGCCCUACAAAUUUGAGAGACCUACUGGAGUCCCUUACAUCAGAGCCCUGUCAACGGAAUAUGUGUCAGCUGUUACAACCAGCGCCACCCACAGCUUGAUUAGUGAACUACAGAAAAUCGCCAAAUUAAGUGGCAAGCCUUUUGAGGAUGUUUUGCAUGAGCAUCUGUCUGAAUGCAGUCAGUCAGUUGCUGGUGAUCCAGAACCAGCUGAAACUGCAUUUCCUAUGCAAGAAACACAAAGUAGACCUACAGCCACAGUCACCCAACAAUCACAAGCUCUUCCAAGUGACCCAGUUAAGGUGAAUGAAACCAACUUAAAUGUAACUGAAUCUGAUUCAGGCAAGCCAACACAACCUGAUCUGCCAUGCAAUGUUCCAAAAACCCUUAUAACCCACCCAGAGGUUCAAAAGGUUAUUGUGGAGCACAUAGUUCGGAGUGAAUCUCCAGUCUCACAGGCGAGUGCAUCCUUUCGCCUGAGACCCUUUUCAGGCAGGUUACCUUGCCCUAGUCACGAGGUUGACUUUGACACAUGGCGCCACAGUGUUGAGCUUAUGCAGCAAGAUCCUGAUCUGUCUGACUUGCAGUGCUCACGGAAAAUUUCAGACAGUCUUGUACCUCCUGCAGCCAAUAUAGUUAAACAUUUAGGCCCUCAAGCUUUGCCUUCAGCUUACCUUGAGCUGCUCAAUUCAGCAUUUGGCACAGUGGAAGAUGGCGAUGAGCUUUUUGCUAAAUUUCUUAACACACUGCAGGAUGCAGGUGAAAAGCCAUCACAUUACCUCCACCGAUUACAUACAGCUCUCUCCAAAGCUUUGAACAGAGGUGGUGUUUCAGCUAGCGAGGCAGACCGACACCUACUACGGCAGUUUUGUCGUGGGUGUUGGGAUAACGCAUUGUUGGCAGACCUUCAGCUCGAGCGACAAAAAGAUAACCCUCCUCCAUUUGCAGAGUUGUUGCUACAGUUGAGAGUGGAGGAAGAUAAACAUGUUGCAAAAGAAAGCCGAAUGAAAAAACACUUUGCUGCUACAAGACCAAAAGUGUCUUCCCACGCCCUUGCAGCAGCCACUGAUACAUCGGAGCCCAUUUUGCAACAUCAAAUCACUGAAAUGCGAACACAAAUAACUGAGCUGCAAACUCAAUUGACAAGAUUAAGAGCACAGAAAGCGGACCAACCCACAGCUCCUCCAAGCAAUGUGGUCGCAGAUUUGAAGGCACAGAUCACUGAGCUUCAGAGCCAUCUUGCUAGACUUAAGCCACCAGGUUCUCCCAAAAAGAAGCCUAGCACACCACAAGCUAAUGCUAGGACAAAGCCUAGACCCAAAAUGCCUGAGCAAAUCUCCACUACACUUCAAGCCACAAGGAACAGACCAAAGCCGUGGUAUUGUUUCCACUGUGGUGAAGAUGGGCAUAUUGCCUCUGCAUGCUCAAAUGACCCAAACCCAUCCUUGGUUGCUGAUAAAAGGAAACAAUUAAAAGACAAACAGUUACUUUGGGAUAAACAGAACAAUCAAAACUCAUCCCAUUCUUUAAACUAA